GACCCGGGGGGGUGCAGGCUCUGCGCUGCCGGCCCCAGAGCUCCACCUCCCUCUCCUGCUCCUGGACCCCCCCCCAGGCAGACUACGACUCCUUCAGCAUUGAGUGCUCUGACUCGAGGCUCCUGGUGUACUCGCGGCGCAGCAACAACACCACGUACGUGAUCGAGCAUCUGCAGCCGAGCCGGAGGUAUAGCGUCAGCGUGAAGACCAUCUCAGAGCAGAGCACCAGCGAGGAGGCGCGGGACAGCGUGCUCACCAUGAUCGACCGUCCUCCGGUGCCCCUCCCCAGCACCAGGAUCAGUGUUUUCUCUGCUGCGGUCACAGAGUCCUCGGUGGUCUUCCAGGUGAACUGCAGCUGGUUCAGUGACGCUCACGGAGCCGUCAGGUUCUUCACGGUGGUGGUGUCCGAGUCUCAGGGUGAUGAAGACGAGCAGCCUCAGCAGCAGCAUCCUCUUCCUUCCUACCGGGAUUAUAAAUUCAACAGCUCCAUAAAGAACUUCCAGACGGGCUUCUUCCCCAGCAGCUGCAGUGACAGCAGCCAGCACAGCUUCCAGCUGGCUCUGGGCUCGGGGGCGCCUCCUCUGGGCGGGCCCUGUCAGCGCAGAGACGUCCAACCAGCAGAGAGCAGCACCGGCCAGUUCUGUGACGGGCCCCUGAAACCCAGAACUGCAUACAGGCUGAGCAUCCGAGCGUUCACUCAGCUGUUUGAUGACCAGCAGAGAGCCUCUCCUCUGUACAGCGACACCUACCUGUCGCUACCCAUUGUCACCGAGGCCGAGCCUCUGAGCGGCGUGAUCGAGGGUGUCAGUGCCGGCAUGUUCCUUGUCGUCAUGAUGGUGGGGGUCACCGCUCUGCUGGUUUGCAGACAAAAGAGUCGCAAAGUAGUUCAGGAGAGAACGGCGGUCAGGAUGAGUGUGAGGAGGGAGGGGCCAACAUCAGGCCUCCAUCAGGGAGUCAGAGGUCCUAUAAAGGUCCUGAGCUUUGAGAGCCAAUUCCACAAACUGCAGGCCGACUCCAACUACCUGCUGUCAGAGGAGUUCGAGGAGCUGAAGGACAUUGGCCGUAAUCAGACCCUCGACUCGGCUCUGCUGCCGGAAAACCGCGGGAAGAACCGGUACAACAACAUUCUGCCCUAUGAUUCCACCCGGGUGAAGCUGUCCUGUGUCGACGAUGAUCCGAGUUCUGACUACAUCAACGCCAGCUACAUGCCGGGUAAUAACUCUCGGCGGGAGUAUGUGGCGGCACAGGGGCCGCUGCCGGGGACGAAGGACGACUUCUGGAGGAUGGUGUGGGAACAGAACGUGUCCAACAUGGUGAUGGUGACGCAGUGCGUGGAGAAGGGAAGGGUGAAGUGUGAUCACUACUGGCCCCUGGACCAGGACCCGCUGUAUUAUGGGGAUCUGAUCGUUAGGAUGCUGUCGGAGUCCGUGCUGCCAGAGUGGACCAUCAGGGAAUUCAACAUGUGCAGC